UGUAUGAUGCUUUGGCAUGGGAAGUGAAAAUGCCAAAAGACAUUCACGGCCUCAAAGGUUCCUGCUUGGUUAUACCAUGUUCUUACUACUACAGCUCAAACCCACCCCAAAACCCAGGUAGAGUUGUGUGGUAUCAGUGGGUUUCUUUUGGCUACCCUUUAGUUUACGAUCCAUUGCAUCCAAAAAAAGUCAUUGAGAAGUUCAGAGGGAAAACUGAUUUAUUUGGAAGCUCAAGUUGGGAUUGCAGUCUACUGAUCAAAAAUCUGGAUGAGGUCCAUCAUGGAGAGUUAGUAUAUGCAUGGAUUGACCCUGAAAAUGUUGGCUGGCGCACCUUCAGGUUUUAUGAUGUCACCUCCACAAUUCUUGUUAAUGCAAGUCCACAGCAGCCCAGCAUCAAGAUCUAUGGAGGUGUAUGGACAGGUGACACCAUUACAGUAGUGUGUUCGACUUUACACACGUGUCCAUACAGCAAACCAAACAUCACUCUCAACAACAUCGAAGGAUCUGAUGAAAUGGACAAUGAGCAUAUUGAAGACGGCCUGUGGAAAAUCACUCUGACACGCACAUCUGUCACAAAUGCAGAAAAUGCCACUAUUGAGUGUUCAGUAAUAUAUUAUGGCGGCAUAACAGUUACAGCUAUGAAGAGCAUAAACGCACAAUGUACGUUUUCUGUGCAGUUAUGA